AUGCGUUGCAGGACUUCUUUUAAUAGAAAAGUCUUUAUAAGCUUUUCCCAUUGCUAAACUUUUUCCGAAUUACCUUAUAAAAGAUGCAACGCUGUAGAGCUUUGCAUCAAAAAAGCUUCUUCUGAAAAAGAGAGGACGAGCUGCAACCCUUGAAGGAUAAAUCAGGGAGACCCCUUGUGCGGGCAAUGGAAUGGGCUUUUCGGAGUCAACAAUAAAAUUUUCAGUCAGCUUUGAGACGCAGCAGCCACAGCAGCAACAGCAGCAGCAGCAUUUGCUGCAAGUUUAUGAGCGGUCAGUUCAUUAAAAACAGCAGGAAUAGAGAAUUUUCCCAAUAGGAUGCGGAGUCGCACGGAACUGGUGACAACCACUUUCGAGGAGAGCGACGAGGAUGACUUUAGUCCGGACGAUGAUUCUGACUCCGAAGAGGACUGGCGGCCCACCAAAAAGCGGCCCUCGAAGCCAUCAGGCUCUGAUGGCGGCAGGAAGCGGAAAUCGGCGGCGGCAGCCAAUGCCUCGAAGGCCAAACGCCGCAUGGCCAAGGUGAGCGACGAAGAGUCCGACGAAGAGGAUGACCUAGAAACGGAUCCCAGCGACGAUGACUUUGACUAUCCCUCGGCCAGUACAUCAAAGAGGCCACAAAGUCUGCCCCCCAAAAAGCAGUUUGUUAAACUAAAUCAGUUGGAUUUGCUGGUUAAGAAGGCGGAUCUCUUGGAGAACGACUGGCUGAAGAACAAUCGGUUAUGCCUAUGGCGCAAGGAUGAGCAGACUAAUCUACUCCAGAAAUAUCUGAGGGUCAAGUCGGCUUCAGAGGAGGAGGAACUGCUGUUCACCUCCAGUUCAGUGUACUCCAGCUGGGAUGAUCAGCAGACGAGCGACUUCAUAGAGGUCAAAGUGAACUGCUUGGAUCCCAACAAUAGAAGGAUUAAACUCCACGACUUAGAGGCUGUUAAGAAAAUCUCCGAGGAACUGCGAACGGAGAGGGACAAGCACUCCGCAUCAGACAAAGAAGACGCUUCUGAGGCGGAAGAGGAAAAGCCAGAUGAUGCUGAUCCUUAAACCACUAUUAACUAUACACAGAACUAACAUUUUCUUUAGUACUUAAAACUAGUUGGCCAAGUUAGCGUUAAACACGAAUUUCCUUAUAACAACAAGACAACUUUAAAUUUAAUUUAGUAAAUUAAAGGAGCCAGAAACAACCGGAAAAUCAAAAAAGAAAACUCAAAAUAUCAAUUUAAAA